GGGACUCACACCCGUCCUCUUGUCCUUGAAUCGAAUCCCUUGGCUCGGGCAGGGCAUCCACAAAACCCUCCCCUCGGCUAAACCUCUCCGACCUUACCGAUCCCUCGCUGACUUCUCCCCAUCGAUAGAUCCAUCGACGACAAUGGGUACUUCGGUUCAGGUGACGCCUCUCUGCGGGGUCUACAGCGAGAACCCGUUGUGCUACUUGCUCUCCAUCGAUGGGUUCAACUUCCUAAUGGACUGCGGAUGGAACGACCACUUCGAUCCAAACCUCCUCCAACCCCUCUCCAGGGUAUCAACAAAAGUAGAUGCUGUCUUACUUUCACAUCCGGAUGUUCUUCAUCUAGGUGCUUUGCCAUAUGCCAUGAAGCAUCUUGGGUUAACUUCUCCAGUUUAUUCAACAGAGCCUGUAUAUAGACUUGGUCUUUUGACCAUGUACGAUCACUACCUUUCCCGAAGACAAAUCUCGGAUUUUGACUUGUUCACGCUGGAUGACAUUGAUACUGCCUUCCAAAAUGUUACUAGGCUCACAUACUCCCAGAGUUGUCAUCUUUCUGAUAAAGGAGAGGGUAUUGUUAUUGCUCCCCAUGUGACGGGACAUCUUCUGGGAGGUACAGUCUGGAAGAUAACAAAGGAUGGGGAGGAUGUGGUCUAUGCUGUUGACUUUAAUCAUCGGAAAGAGCGUCACUUGAACGGCACUGUUCUGGAGUCUUUUGUGCGGCCAGCUGUUCUGAUAACAGAUGCUUAUAAUGCUUUGAACAAUCAGCUCUACAAACGUCAAAGGGAUCAAGAGUUCAUUGAGGCAAUACUAAAGGCCCUGAGGGCAGAUGGAAAUGUACUGCUUCCAGUUGAGACCGCAGGAAGAGCACUGGAACUUAUUUUGAUAUUGGAACAUUAUUGGGCACAGCAGCAUUUAAGUUUUCCUAUUUUCUUUCUGACAAAUGUGGCCACGAGUACAAUUGACUAUGUGAAGAGUUUCCUUGAGUGGAUGAGUGAUUCUAUUGCAAAAUCAUUCGAACAUACUCGUGAUAAUGCCUUCUUAUUGAAGCAUGUCAAUCUUAUAAUCAAUAAGAGUGAGCUUGAGAAAAUUGCUGAGGUUCCAAAGGUUGUUCUAGCAUCGAUGGCCAGUUUGGAGGUUGGUUUCUCACAUGACAUAUUUGUUGAAUGGGCAACUGAAGCAAAGAACCUGGUGCUUUUCACUGAAAAAGGCCAGUUUGGCACACUUGCUCGCAUGCUACAAGUUGAUCCACCUCCCAAAGCCGUAAAGGUUACUUUGAGCAAGAGGGUUCCUUUAGUUGGUGAUGAGUUAAAAGCUUAUGAAGAAGAGCAAAAUCGAAUCAAAAAAGAAGAAGCCUUGAAAGUUACUCUCAGCAAAGAGGAGGAACUAAGGGCAUCUCAUGGAUCAGAUGCUAAUGUAGCUGAUCCAAUGGUGAUUGAUGUUAGCUCAUCACAUAUUUCCAGUGCCUCUGGUUCACGUUCCAGUGGGCAUCUGGACAUUUUCAUUGAUGGAUUUAUCCCUCCGGCUACAAGUGUUGCCCCAAUGUUUCCAUUCUUCGAGACAAAAGCUGAAUGGGAUGACUAUGGUGAGGUUAUCAAUCCUGAUGACUACAUAAUGAAGGAAGAAGACCAGGAUCAAGCAUUAAUGCAGGGAGAUCUCGAUGGUAAACUCGAGGAAGGCUCAGCACAUCUACUCCUUGAUUCAGCUCCUUCUAAAGUCAUUUCAAAUGAAAUAACGGUGCAAGUUAAGUGUGGAUUGACUUAUAUGGAUUUUGAAGGUCGGUCUGAUGGACGCUCUGUUAAAUCAAUCAUAUCUCAUGUGGCUCCCUUGAAACUUGUUUUAGUACAUGGAUCAGCAGAAGCCACUGAGCAUUUGAAACAACACUGCAUAAAACAUGUUUGCCCCCAUGUUUAUGCUCCACAUAUUGAAGAAACAAUUGAUGUUACCUCUGAUUUGUGUGCUUAUAAGGUGCAGCUUUCAGAGAGGCUAAUGAGUAAUGUUCUUCUUAAGAAGCUGGGUGACUAUGAGAUUGCAUGGGUUGAUGCUGAAGUUGGAAAGACCAAUGACAUGCUCACUCUCCUUCCACUUUCUUCAGCUCCUCCAACCCACAAAUCUGUUCUCAUAGGAGAUCUGAAACUGGCAGAUUUCAAGCAGUUCCUUGCUAGCCAAGGUGUCCAGGUAGAAUUCACUGGGGGUGCCCUUCGCUGCGGCGAGCAUGUAACUCUGCGCAAGAUAAGUGAUGCCAGCCAGAAGGGUGGGACUGGUGGUCAGCAAAUUCUCAUAGAAGGCCCAUUGACAGAAGAGUACUACAAGAUACGCAAGCAUCUUUAUUCCCAGUUCUACUUGCUGUAAGUUUGGCACGACUGAGUAUGUUUCACAAGUAAUGUAUUCACAGUUUUACUUGUAAUUCUUAGGAAAUCGCUGCUGCAUACGAUUGAUCUAAUUUUGGUGAUCAUUCAUGUUUAAUCUCAAUAUAACAUGUGGAAUGGGUAAUCUUGCGUGUAGAAAAUCUUCUCAAUUAUUAUUAUUAUUAUCAUCAU